AUGUCUAUCUCAAGUUUGCCUCUCGAGAUAUUGACUCACAUCUGUGAGUAUCUAGAGCCCCAAGAGUGGGGUGCGCUUAGGAUCACUUGCCACCAGAUGCAUCGCAAUACACUGGAGGCCUAUGCGACGCGCUUCUUUAAAAGUCUCUCACUUCUUCUCACUCGCGAAAGCCUCGACCAUCUUCAGGAGGUUGCAGCAAGUAAGACUCUUCGGCGUUGGGUUCAAGAGAUUUGGAUCAUUCCUAAUUUGUUUGAGGGGUGGCCACAGAAGGACAAGGAAACUUUCAAAGAUCUGGGAUUGUCAUUGAGGAGACGGAGGAGGACGUUAAGAAUGAUGCGCGGUGAAAAGGAGGAGUCAACAUCAACUAAUGCUGAGGCUGAGCUUGACGCUCUAUUUGCUGCUUACGACGCUACCCUAGCAGACCACCGUGCUAUCCUCGACUCGGAACUGUUCGGGGUCCUUGAAACAUGCCUGCCGCGCCUCGAGAACGUCACUACAGUCGGAUUACGAUCGUACCCCAUUGAAUACCUUCUGUUGAAAGCAGACUAUCGCUCAUUUCGCUGCCUUGGCUUACGUGAAUUGAAGAAGUUCAACACCGAUGAUGUGCGGGGUCAUCUAUCAUUCGCAAGUUUUCGCAAGGAUAUGUUGUCCAUGUCUCUGGGUUUGGCAAUUUCGCAAGUGCUCCAUGCCAUAAUCAAAUCCAACCGGAAGCUCCAAUCCCUUCAUACGUGCGGCAAUUACACUUGCGGGAUGAAUCUGGGCUCCUCGAUGCUCCCAGAGUCAAGGUAUAAACUAUUGUUGCCACUCUUAAGCGAUCUGAUGAAUCUCCAUAUGUGUAUUCGCAUUAAGGAUCAAGAAGAAGACAUAUUCGACGAGGACACCUUCAAACGUCUUCUCGAUAUCUUGGUCACAGUCGCACCCAAGUUGACAAGUCUGACCUUUGGACAGUGGAAUCCCUGGGAAGAACUAUCGCCCAUUUACUUUCAGGAUCUCUCCGAGAAGAUCCGGUUUUCCCAGCUAGAGGAAGUUCAUCUCCAUUGGAUCGAGGUGACAGUGGAUACUCUCAGAAAAUUCCUUCACACAGCAGCGCCAACCUUGAAACGUCUGCGUAUGAGCAUGGUCAGCUUGACUGAUCCAAUAAUUGCAGCACGAGAUCCAGGGCCCAUCACCGAAGAGAGAAGUAGUUGGGGAUCUUCAUUGUCCACUGCAGUGACAAACGAGAUAAAGCAGCUCUGGAUGCGGGCCUUUGAAUUCUUGGCAGAUAAUCUAAAGUUGCAGUUUGUCCAGUUGUCGAAACUUGGUUACCGUGGAAGAGAGAUAAACUUGCAAGACGACUUAUACAUGGAACGCGGACAACCGGAUGCACCGCCGGAUUCAUGCACACAGCCUUCUAUCGACCCGAGAGAUAUCUAUUCUGAUCCGACGGGUGGCCAUUUGUUAGAUUUCUACUUUGAUGCUGGGCGAGCGAGCAUACCACUCAAACGAUGGAUCAUGCAGCUUCAAAUGGAAAUGUGCAACUCCUUAGACAGUGGACCUUGCCGACUCCCGGGGACCAGCGGUAUGAGCUUCAACCGGGAAGGGAUGAGGACCAUUAGUAGUAGCUAUCCAGCGGGACAUCUGCCAUUGAAUAAUCCCCAAAGAUAG